AUAGUUACAGAAAGUCAAAACACGACGACGUCAUCGCAGGUCGAGACGACGCUAACUGUGUGGUAGCGUAACUUUUCUUUUUCCUUCAGUUUCCGUCAUUUGCUUGCCCACAAGUUGUUUCCAAAAUGUUAGCAGCUCCCGUUCAGAGGGUAUUAUUUGGCAGCUGUCAGGAGAGGAGACUCUUUCCCCUCCAUUAUGCACCAGACCGGCUGGGAAACCAAAUGUCACGACAGGAAGCGCCACAUGUCGGCCCUGGCUGCUAUGACAACCAUGAGUUCGGCACCAUACUUUAUGAGUUACGGAGGAGACCGGAGAGUAAGAAAGGAUAUGGUCUCUCUGCGAGGACUGCAGCUCGCUUUCCGCCCUGUAGCAAGACAGCGACCCCUUCCCCACAGCAGUACCAGCGGGAUCAAAGCCAGUCCAGAGUCCCCCCUCCUGGGAAAACACCUUUCAACUCAACCACAAAGAGGUUCGAAAGCAUGCCAUGUACAGCUGAGGACAGCCCAGGCCCUGGGACCUAUGCUCAUGAUGCAGUGACAAACAGGAAAGUCAGCUGGCCAAUGUGCUUUGGGAGCCCAGACUGGUCCAGACUGCCUCAGCUGGAGAAGAAGUCACUCAGGGUGAAGCUAAACAAUGAAAAGGAGUUCCUGAAGCACAGGAGCAGAGUGGCCUACCUGAGUUUGUACUAUUAACUCUAAAGCUGAUGGACGAAAACAUCUUGAUACUGAUAUAUGAUGGUGCCUUUAUCAUAUCAUUUUCCUUGAACUUACUGUCAAGAAAACAGCAAAAACAUUUUAAUUUACUGGACUGAAACUGUUGUAGUUAAAAAAAAGAAACAUAUAUUUCUUUAUUCACAAAAUGACUUGAUUCCUGUAUGGUUUGUAUGUUACACUAUGAUGUUGCUUACAAAGUGACGUUACACAAAUUCAAAGUUGAGUGCUUGAUGGAAAAAUGACAGUUAACACAACAUAAAGUCAUCUUCAAUAGAAGUCAGUCAGUAUAGAAAAAGCCAAAAGCGGUACUGGUCCCGGCUCACAACACCGCUGCUGAAAACACCAACCACUGUGGCAAAUGUGAGUCUGUUGGUUCAGGUAGGUCCAUACUUAUUUCUUCCUCCUCACUUUGGGUUUCUUGACCGGCCGGAGG